GAUACGCCGCCGUAGCACUCGCACAAUCGAAUUGGUAUAAACAAGCCGCGAGAUAUUCGCAGCCUUAUCAAUCUUCCUCGCGAUAAAUCUUGUCUGAGUGGCCAAGAGUACAGCGCGCGCCGUUGAACGAUUUAUUAGAUUCACGUGCGCGUCGUUUAUCGAAAUAACGACGGGCAACGUUUCGCGCGACGAUGCAGUACGUUCGACGGCCAUCCGGACCCGAGAUCGGUUUUAAGAGAUCAUCUCAUUGUACGACGGCGCGUCAUCGUCGAAAUUGUCGCGCUCAUUCUGUCAAGGCCAAUCGACGCGAUCGUAGUAAAAGUCUGGUGCGUCGCAUGAGGAGUGCAACUAGACCCGACGCUUUCGCUGAUAAGGGACGGCGCUCAUCAGGCGAACGCUGAAGCAUUUACGUUCGGAGCCCUCGACUACGUACGCAGCCUCCUCAUUUCGGCUCUGUAUUAUAUGUAUAUACACAUUAACUACUAAUACAUAUACUAGCAGGUACGUUCCGAGAUUUCUAGCGCUGCCGAAAUCCGCCGACGAUUUUGGGACGGCCGAAAACCGAAAUGCGGUUUACGUCUGCAGCUUUUUAGUUGUGCUCGCUACUUUUUCCUAGCGUCAUGCAUUGCCGCCUCGUUCCGCCGAGGUUCAAGCAUGGCGCCAAUUUAGCGCGAGAAAACGCCGAAGAAGCGAGAGACGAGAUUAGUUGGGCUUAUCAUUAUCUACGCUCCGGCAUAAAUCAUGAAAAUUAAUCACACGCAACUGCCUGUAAAGGCGCAUUACUUCUUUUUUAUGGCGGCCAUGGGUCCUAUUUUGCCGUUUCUGCCAGUUUACGGCAAGCAACUCGGUGUUUCGCCAUUAGUUAUGGGUAGUAUCACCGCGAUUUUGCCCAUUUUAUUCCUGAUCGCGAAACCAGCAUUCGGUUUCGUCGUGGACUAUUACCGCGCCUGGAGAAAAUUGAUAUUUAUAGCGCUGCUUGCCGUAACCAGUGGCUGCUAUAUUUUCAUGUAUUUUUUACCGGCUCUGCCCGGUCCACUGCUACCAGAUCAUCCAUUUCCAAAUGUUUCCUGCCGGUCUUUACCGCCUUGUGAUAUGGACAAUCACGCGACCGCAAUGGCAUCGUGUAACGGUACAAAAGACACUACAUGUCACUGGGUAUGCAAAGAUGCGAAUUUUUCCACGAGAUUAUCUUUUCAUGGAAUUAAAAAGAAAGCGGCAAUUUCACCGGAUACCACAUGCUUAUUAAAUAUCAAUGAGACGUCAUUGUGCCAAGGAAAUGCAACGAAUUAUAAUUGUAACGUUACUUGCAAUAAUUUCGAGGACAAUUAUUGUCUCUAUACAUCCAUUACCUUCUGGGGAUUCGUGCUCUUGAUGUCUCUUGGUAAUAUCGGUUUUAACGUUUCUAAUUGCAUAAGCGACGCAAUUUGCUUCGACGUAUUAGGCGAAGGUGGACAAAUGGGGUACGGUAGGCAGAGAGUAUGGGGCACAAUCGGUUUCGGCGUGGCAGCAUUUCUAGCCGGAUACACAGUGGACCUGUGGUCGCAAGGGGAAAUCUACAAGACUUACACACCGGCGUUUUUCCUUGUGCUCGCAUUUACUUGUAUCGAUUUGAUUUGUUGCGGAAAAUUAGAGCUGCCGCUCAUGUCAGGAUCGUCAAGCAUAUUGAAAGACGUGUGCAUGCUUUUGAAAUUGAAACCUAUCGUUAUAUUUCUAUGUUUUGCCACCCUAGCGGGUAUACUCGAUAGCUUUAUGAUUUACUUCUUAUUCUGGUAUUUGGAAGAUCUUGCUAUGGCGACCGGUUAUAUGGGCGAAAUUAAAUUGAUAGAAGGUUUAAUCGUAGCCGCGCAGACUCUCGGUGGCGAGAUAAUAUUCUUCUCUCUGUCCGGUAAAAUACUGAAGAAAUUUGGAUACGGUUACACUUUUACAUUUUGUUUUGUAUGCUACGCGCUGCGAUUGGGAUUAAUAUCUCUCGCUCCAACGCCAUGGUGGGUGUUUCCGGUGGAAUUUAUCAUGCAGGGACCAACGUAUGCGCUUUGUUACACAACAAUAGUAGCGUACGCGAGCGCAGUAUCGCCACCCGGUACCUCGGCUACCGUUCAAGGAAUUGUGGCGGGGAUGGACGACGGAUUAGGUUAUGCGGUUGGUAGUUUAAUCGGAGGUAUUUUGUACAAGAAAGUUGGCGGUGCAACGACUUUAAGAAUAUUUUCGGGACUCGCAGCAUUUUCUGCAUUCAUGUAUCUUAUUCUUCACACGUUAUACUUAAAACAUAAAACGCCAGACGCACGAAAACAUGUCGAAUGGAAAACACCUGACGAUGCACAGAGACACUGUACUGUAGCAGAAUAAUGCACGUUUUAUAUAUUACAUAUUUUUCGUUGUAAAUAAUAGUAAAAAUGAUAACUUUUUAAUUUCAUAUCUUUUAAUCCAGCGAAAAAAUUACUUAUCGAUUGAUAUCGAAACGAUGUAAAACAUUAAUAGAAAAUGUUACACAAUGCUACACAUGUGGCUGUGCCUCUGUGUAACAUUUCUUAUUAAUGUGCAAACGAAAAAUUAAAUUGUAAAGGCAAAUCUACCGAUCAAUUGCAAACGAAAAUCUAUCAAGUAAAAAAAUAUAUGUGAAUUCAACUGAA